UCAAAAUCCUGGAACGCCUUUGGGCAGGAUUUGAUAGAAAAUGAAAUACAAUAUUGCGCAUGAUUGGAGUGGAGUGGAGAGCUUUCACAGCAUAUAAACUGAGUGCGACACGCGGCAACGGUUUCAUUUUUGUCGGUGAUGCCAUGCGGUAACAAGUGAAAAAAUGUGCUUGGUUUUAGUUCUAAGCAUAAUUGUGAACAGUAUUCUGUUGGCUUCAAGUGAAUCCGAGAAUAGAAGCAACGCAACUGACCCUGCCACCAAGUGGUUCGAGCAACUAAAUGUGGAAUUGAAGGAGCUGAACCAUGAAGCAGCCCUGUACGCCUGGGACUCAAGCACCUUGCCCACACAGAUGGCAACGGUGGAGAAAAUAAUCCAACUGACGAAGCGGAAAGCCCACUGGGAGCGUACCAUGUGCGACCGCGGGCUACAGCACAGAGAUUUCAACGCAAGUCUGGACAGGGCGUUCCAUCUGUUGUGUCGCACUCCGCAGUAUACCGAUGGGGAAAUAAGCGAGAUAGCGAAGCUGUUGGGAUACAUGCAAGGGAUUUACACCGAAACUCAAGUUUGUGUGGACGACGUUUCAAACAUUUGCAAACAGAACAGUGAGGACUUACUGUGGGAGAGAACGUACUUCCAAUAUCCGGAUUUCGCAUUGAAACAACGAAGCGGUGAGAAAUAUGAUGAACAUGACAAAAAUCACAUUUGCUUGUAUGGUGAACCGGAAAUGGAACAAAUUAUGACAGAAACGACAUCUAUCUUUUCUGCACAAAUUAAUUGCUCAAUCAAUCGGGGAAUUCUACACAGUUGGGCUUGGCAGUCCUGGAGACUUGCGGUUGGACCACCAAUGAAAGAGUCCUAUGGAAAGUUAAUAGGUCACAUGAAUAUCGGAGCUCAAAGACUUGGCUACGCAGACAUCGGAGAAUCGUGGCGCGCCGAGUUGGAAACGCCAAAUCUGAGAGAACUUGUCCAUCGGCUUUGGCGCCAAGUGAAACCUCUAUAUCAAAAGCUACAUGCUGUCGCCAGAUAUUUCCUGAAGCGGAAGUACCCUGAAGUGAAAAAUUUCCACCCAGCAGGGUUGAUUCCGGCACACAUUCUGGGAGAUAUGUGGAGUCAGAACUGGGAAUCGUUGGUUCCGCUAAUAUACCCGCAUCAGGUCGAUAUUGAGGAGAAUCUGAAGCGGAAGAACUGGACUGGUGAGCAGUUGAUAAAACAAGCCGAGGAUUUCUACUCUUCGAUGGGUCUACCAAUGAUGACCAAAACGUUUUGGGAGAAGAGCAUUUUUGCGCGAGGUACGAACGUUACCAAGUGCCAUGGAACUGCUGCCAACAUGUACGAUAACGGGGAUUUCAGGUAAGUUAGCUUUGAGAAAUUUCAAAGGCGGUCACAUUUCGCAAGAGUUAGAUUUCGGGAGCCUCUGCAAAAGCUACU